UUGGCUGGCCGGCAGAGGGAGGUGGGCAGGCGCGCCGAGUGUCCCGGGCACUUGCUGAAUGUGGUUGGACUCGUUUUCGGGCAGCCCCAGAAGGGAGGGAGCAGAAUCUGGUGACGGGAAGGAGUCCCUGCCCCGCGCCCCGGCCCCUCCGGGCUUUGUCUGGACCAUGGUCGGAGACCAUUGCAGCCUCCCCGGAGACAGAGGCGCGCUCGGCCCGCCCCCCAAAACUGCCCUGAGCUGCAAGAUGGUCCUGCGGGCGGUGGGCAAAGUGCUCAGGAAGUCCAAGGCGAAGCCCAACGGGAAGAAGCCAGCCCCCGAGGAGAAGAAGCUCUACCUGGAACCGGAGUACACCCAGUCCCGGAUCACGGACUUUGAGUUCAAGGAGCUGGUGAUGCUGCCCAGGGAGAUCGACCUCAACGAGUGGCUGGCCAGCAACACGACCACCUUCUUCCACCACAUCAACCUCCAGUACAGCACAAUCUCCGAGUUCUGCACGGGAGACAGCUGCCAGACGAUGGCCGUGGGCAACACGCAGUACUACUGGUAUGAUGAGCGGGGAAAGAAGACCAAGUGCACGGCCCCCCAGUACGUCGACUUCGUCAUGAGCUCGGUGCAGAAGCUGGUGACGGACGAGGACGUGUUCCCCACAAAAUAUGGCAAGGAGUUCCCCAACUCCUUCGAGUCUCUGGUCAAGAAGAUCUGCCGCUACCUGUUCCACGUGCUGGCGCACAUCUACGCGGCGCACUUCAAGGAGACGCUGGCCCUGGAGCUGCACGGACACUUGAACACCCUGUACACACACUUCAUCCUCUUCAUCAGGGAGUUCAACCUGGUUGACUCCAAGGAGGUCACGGUCAUGGAUGACCUCACGGAGGUCCUGUGCAGCGGGGGCGGCGGCGCGGGCGGGAACGGGGGCAGCGGGGGGGCACAGAACCACGUGAAGGAGAGAUGAGCCUUCGCGGGGGCCAGGGCGCGCACCAACCCGGGAACGGCCCAGCCCUCGUCUCUCUCUCCUCUGCACGGGCGCGUCCGCCUGCCCGCACCCCCGUCCCACGCGCACCCUCACGGGCGCCUGCUCGCGCACUGACUCUCGGCGGACUCAGGAGACGGGGCCCGGCCCCAGGACUCGCGGCUCGGCGCGCGGAGGGAGCCCCCGGCCGGAGCCGCGCCCGGCUUCUGGCGGCCCGCGCUUCCCUUGGUCCGGCCUUCUUCCUGCCUCCGGCCUCCCGCGCGGAGGGGCCGCCCCGCUUUCUGUCGGGAGAGUGACCCUGCCUCCCGAAGCGGACGGACGGCGGACCCCGGGCUGGACGGCUUCGCUUCUGGCGUCCCUUUGACCUGGAUCCCCUGCAAGCUGCCCCACCCCCAGCUCGUGGGCGGAGAGCUUCCUGCUGGUGACCGGUGGGCGUGGCCAGGGGAAAGGAAGGGUGUGUCCAGGAGGGGUCCCGAGAAGGGGCCAGGGCGGUGACGUCACCUUGGGCUUCUUUUAGUUCCUCUGUUCUAUAAUAAUAAAAAGAUCCUCCCUCAGG